CGCUUCUUUUCCUUUUGCGGAAGUCUUGCUGGUCAACAGACGAACCUACCAUCGCUCUUUUUCCUUUCCUCGCUUACUCUCCUUUUUGAGGCUGUACAACCUUUAAUCACAUCCUUCGCUUUUUUGUCGUCCAUUGACUUUUUGAUCGCUUCCCGACCGGUUGAUCCGUAUCACAACAAAUCCCGAAUUUUUAUUCCCGUCGAUUCUCAAGUCGUCUUUUCGUCGCUUCGCCGGUGCAGUAACAGGCACGAACUACAACGACACACAUCCCUCGACUGCCGCAACCGCCAAGAUGGGACAGAACCUGACCACGCUCGUCUGGAAGGACUCGCCCACCAAGGGCCAGAUCCUGGCCGACGACGCCCGCAACGCCCGCAUCUUCGGCCUCCUCUGGGCCGGCUCCGUCUACGGCAUCGCCAUGAUCUGGUGGGCCAUGGCCCUCCUCGCCCGCUGGGACCGCAACAGAGAAACGGGUGCAGGCUCGGUACUGGGCGCCUUCCUCUUAGCGACAGCAUGGCCGGUAGUCAUGGUCUAUCUACUGUUGAAUCCAGUAUAGGCGGACGACGAUGAGCAACGGCCGACGACAGUCAACGAAGGAACACAACAUCACCUUGCAGUCAAUCGACCGAGAAUUCUUGUACGAAGGAGGAAGGACUUUGUUAUGAAGGGGAAAGCGCACGGGACGAAACGAAGCAGUAACGGACGUGGCGCGCCCUCGAGAGGUUGGGAUGGGUUCGGGGAACGUCGCCGCCGGCCCCUUUGGCCGCGAGGCCCGACAAUACCCAGGGGUCGGAGCGGUCGGCCAGGACAGAGCACGGCUCGGCCGCUCGCCGCGGGAACCCCAGCCCCGCGGCGCCGGCGGCGACCAUGCUGGCGUGGGACAUUGUGCGUUUUUCUGUUGCAAGCAAUGAUACUUUUUGCAUAUACCCUGCGACUUUAUUCCAUGUUUGACAUUUGGUCGCCGA